UAACCAUUCUUUUUCGCCGAAAUACCAUGGAAUCGAAGCAGUGAAGAACAAAAACAAGAGGCCUUUUAUUGACGGAUUAAAUGUUUGCUGCUAGGAAUCUUCAAAAACAUUGCUUGAAGAUUCUGUCUUCUCUGUUGCAAUCAAAUUCCCACAGGAAUGUUGUGGCGUUUAAGGAAACUACUCCCACACUAGUCUCAAGCAAUUUGAUACGAAUAGAUGGAUGUUUUGGAGAUAAUUUUGCAUCAGUUCCUUCCUUUACUAAUCCCUUUAAUGGAUGCUGUCGUAUGAUGUCGACUUCAAGAGGGAGGAGUAUGCGAAGCAAGGUUGAAAGACGAAUGCAGAAAGAGUCUGGUAAGACAGCUAGAGAAAUCCGGAGGGCUAAGAAAAUUAAGAAGAAGCUUAUGACUGAUGAAGAGAGGCUUAUUUACAACCUUAAAAGGGCUAAGAAGAAAGUGGCAUUACUAUUACAAAAACUCAAGAAGUAUGAGCUGCCAGAGCUGCCGCCUUCUGUGCAUGAUCCAGAGCUAUUCACCCCUGAGCAGCUUCAAGCAUUUAAGAAGAUAGGAUUCAGAAACAAAAAUUAUGUUCCGGUCGGAGUCCGUGGGGUCUUUGGAGGUGUUGUCCAAAAUAUGCAUCUCCAUUGGAAGUUUCAUGAGACAGUGCAAGUCUGUUGUGAUAACUUACCCAAAGAAAAGAUCAAGGAAAUGGCAACCAUGCUUGCAAGACUGAGCGGUGGAAUUGUCAUUAACAUACAUAAUGUAAAAACAAUUAUCAUGUUCCGUGGAAGAAACUAUCGCCAACCGAAAAAUCUGAUUCCCAUCAAUACCCUUACUAAAAGGAAGGCAUUGUUUAAGGCCAGAUUUGAACAAGCUCUUGAAGCUCAGAAGCUAAACAUAAAGAAGAUAGAACAAGAACUUCGGCGGAAAGGUCUUAACCCUGAAGAUCCAGUCGCAAUGGCCAGUAUUCAGAGAGUUGCUUCGACAUUCUUCAAUGCAAUUGAUGAGAAGGAAGGCAGCCCAUAUGUCUUUCGUGGUGACCAGUCACCUACGGCAGAACCUAAGACAACCUUUUUGGCACGUGAAGAAGCUCCUGCAGAGAGCGACCAGGAGGAGCUAGAUAGAUUCAUAGCUGAGAUUGAGGAUGCAGCUGAUCGAGAAUGGGCUGAAGGGGAAGAAGAAGAAAAGGAAGAGAUUGGGAGAAUUAGAUACUUGAAUAGACAAGAAUUUGGUGGAAGGCCUGGGAGAUUUGAUAACCUUGGAAAUGAUUACUCUGAUGAUGAGGUUAGAGGGUCAAGGGGUUGGAAAGAUACACGUGGAAACAAGAAGACUGCUGGUAGUGAUGAUGAAUAUGAAGAGAAUUUUGCGGAUGCUGCUGAAUUGGAUCAGGUUAAUGCUGGUGAUGUGAGUGAGGUCGAAAGUGAUGAUGACAACGAUUCUGAAGAAGUUUUUGAGAUCAAGAGAUCUAUGGUACAAAAAAGGAAGCAAGAUAAGGUUGGAAGGUGGAACAGCAAUGCAGGUGUAAGGAGAAACACUGGAGGUAGUUAUAGGCAAGCAAUAGCAGAAGAAGAUUCUGAGAUAGAAAGUAUGUUGGGUGACCUUGACAAUGCAAUGCUAGAAUCUGAUGCUGAGAAAGAUCACGAUUUCAGAGCAUCAAAUUAUAGUAAAAAUUUCAGGAGCAGCAGUGAUGAAGAGGAUGAAUUUUAUACCACGAAGGGAAACAAGGGAAGUGAGAAAAAUAGGGUCGAAUAUUAUGAGAGUGAUUAUUCUUAUGCAGAUAAUGCUUAUGGGAAGCUGGAUAGGAUUGAUAGAGGCAAUAAUGCUGGUUUGAAGAAAAACUUAGAUGCUGAAUUUAGUAAAACUAUCGCCAAGGAAGCCGACGAUGAUGUUUUUAGUGACUAAUUUGGAAUCUGAGGAACCAAACACUAAGAAAUUCUCCAGUUUGAUGAGCUGAGAUGUGAUUCAAGGACUUACUGUAAAUGUGUCCUUUUGAUUAAAGGACACAAGACAAGUAGUGGAAAGUGGGGAACCCGUAUAUCGUGAUCCAAAACAGGAUCUGAAUUAUGCAAGUUAUUAUUGGUACGAUAAUUCAUAUUGUCUGAUUAAAACCCCCUUUGUUUCUUUG